GAGCCAAGUGCCCCAACCCAAGCGAUCCUUUGACUACCAUUGUUGUCUCCUUCACAAUAUUAAAUACAGUGCUCCCAUUCAAUUCCCACUUUCUUUUGUUGUUCCAUGAGUCCUAAAAGUCAUUCAACCAUUGAAUAUUCACAUCUCUAUCACAUGUUUUUGGUGUUUUUGCUACUUUCGGUUCGAAGAUCUGUGUAACCCAGAACUUAAAAUCUCCUUAUUCCAUCGAUUUCUUAUUUGCUGAAGCAUCUGGGGAUUCAAAACAAUGUAUCCAAAGGUGAAGGUGAGGGAACAAGAACAAGAUGAUCAAGACAGAAGCUUCUUGCCGUCCUUGGAGGCGUUUGAAUCUCUCUCCAUACAUGAUUUUGAUUCUCCAGCUAAUGAAAGUAAAUACGGUUCGCCAGCAUCCAUUGUGAGAAUUCCAACACAUCAUAUUUCAAAUUCGGCAACACCUGCGGUUCCUGUAGUUAAAGAAGCAGGAAAGAACAACAGCAGCAAUAGAAAAGAUGUGGAGGACAGUAAACCAAAUAUCAGAGCUGGUUCAAUCCUGCGGCCACGUGCUGUUUUAUCUAGUCCUGAUAAUGAUGGGAUGAUUAGAAGCAGAAAAAAGACGAGAGCAGAAUUAAUGUCAGGUUUGAAAAACCAUAAUUUGUGUCAAAACAGACACACACAAUGCAAGGUUGAACCAAGAACCAUUGUUGCUGAAAGUCCUAUAAGCAUGAGAAGAGAUUCCAAGGAUGCUGCUGAUCGUAAGACUGAUCCUAAAGGAAGAAAAGUUUCAUUCGUAGCUGAUCCGAGUAAAACCACACACCUCGGUAAAGGGAAACCACUCUGUGUUCGAAUUUAAGCAUCCACUAAUAUGACAUUAGAUCAAUAAUCAAUCUUUUUGAGUGUAGCUAUUUUGGAGGGUUUUAAUUUUGUCAUAAAACCCAAGAAUUGUAACUAUUAUCCAGCUUAAUGCAUUUGUGUCAUGCACUUGGAUUUUUAAAA